AUGAGGUGGCAGGUAUUUGCCAUAUUUUUCUUUCUGUCUUUCGCUUCGAACAAGGCAGAAGAAGAACUGGAAUAUGAGCUUGACGAAGGAGUUGUUGUAUUGACUGAUAAAAAUUUCGAUGCUUUCCUGAAGAAAAACCCUACUACUCUCAUUAAAUUCUACGCACCAUGGUGUGGACACUGUAAGCAUCUUGCUCCCGAAUAUGAGAAAGCAGCUGCCAAAGUGUCUAUUCCUUUGGCCAAAGUUGAUGCUACCGUCGAAACUGAAAUAGGAAAGAAGUUCCAAAUUCAAGGCUACCCAACACUGAAAUUCUGGAAGGAUGGAGAAGGGCCUACCGAUUAUGAUGGAGGUCGCGAUGAACAAGGAAUUCUCGAUUGGAUAAAUCCAAGAAUUGAUCCUAAUUAUAAACCACCACCAGAGGAAGUCCAAGCUCUCACUGUUGAGAACUUCGAUGAAGUUAUUGCUGAACAUGAAUUGGCACUUGUCGAGUUUUAUGCUCCCUGGUGUGGGCAUUGCAAGAAGCUAGUACCUGAAUUGGAGAAAGCCGCACGUACCUUGAAAAACCAAGGAUCUAAGAUUAGGAUAUUCAAAGUUGAUGCUACUGUUGAGAAGAAGUUAGGUGAUAAGUACGGAGUGUCUGGUUAUCCUACUAUGAAGCUUAUGCGAAGUGGCAAAAGGUUCGACUAUCAAGGACCACGUGAAGCAACUGGAAUCGUUAAGUACUUGUUGAAACAAGCUGAACCAGCAGCUAAGGAACUUAAAGGCAUCAACGAAAUUGAAAAAUUCUUCGACAAAGAAGACGUCACCAUCAUCGGCUUCUUCCCGAGCAAAGAUUCUACAAACUUUGAAGCUUAUCACGAUGCAUCAGAGAUGCUACGUGAAGAGUUCAAGUUCAUGGGAUAUACCUCCGAUCCUAAAGCUUUCAAGAAAUAUGAUGCCAAACCAAAUGAUAUAAUCAUUUUCUACCCAGCUCUUUUCUAUAGUAAAUUCGAGCCCAAAACAAGGACUUAUAACAAGGUUGGAUCUACACCUGAAGAUCUCCUUUCUUUCUUCCGUGAUCAUUCGGCUCCUCUGGUUGGAAAAAUGACUAAGGCUAACGCUGCUACUCGCUACAGCAAAUUCCCUCUUGUCGUUGUUUAUUACAAUGCUGACUUCAGCAUACAGUACCGUGAGGGUAGUGAAUACUGGAGACAAAAAGUUCUUAACAUUGCCCAGAAGUAUCAAAAAGACAAAUACAAGUUCGCUGUCGCUGAUGAGGAAGAGUUCAGCAAAGAAUUAGCUGAGAUUGGUCUUGGUGAUUCUGGGUUGGAACAUAACGUUGUCGUAUUCGGUUACGAUGGCAAGAAGUACCCCAUGUAUCCCGAAAUUUAUGACGAGGAACUCGAUGAAAAUAUGGAAGCUUUCAUGAAGAAAGUCAGCUCCGGCCAAGCUAAGGCCUAUGUCAAAUCUGCACCGUUACCUAAGGAUGACAAAGGUCCUGUCAAAACUUUAGUAGGAAGCAAUUUUGAGAAAGUUGUGUUGGAUGAAAACAAAGAUGUUCUGAUUGAGUUUUAUGCUCCAUGGUGUGGACAUUGUAAGGCCUUCGAACCAAAGCUCAAGGAGUUAGCCACGAAAUUGCAAAAAACGCAACCCAACUUGAUCCUUGCCAAAUUCGAUGCCACUGCCAACGAUGCUCCAUCAGGUUUCAACGUUGAAGGAUUCCCAACUAUUUACUUUGCUCCGAGCGGAAAGAAGACUGAACCGAUCAAGUAUAAUGGAAAUAGAGCACUUGAUCACUUGACCGACUUCAUGAAACAACAUGGUGUUAAAUCUUUCCAAAAGAAAGAAGAGUUAUAA